GAGGGUCUCUCCGCCUCUUCCUAGAGCGGCCCGCAGCUCCGCAGGCAGCCCGCACUUCCGGCGGGCGAGGCGCGAGGCGAGCACCGCGGCUGCCUGCGCGAAAAUUCAGAGUUGCCUUACUCUGGACAUGAGACAUUCGUCCAAAAGACAGUAGAAGCUCUUGACGAUACAUCUGGCUAUUCACCAUGAGGAUAGGAAAGCCUAAAGGGGCUAUUUCUCGAAGCUCAAACCAAGGAAAAGCCUAUGAGAACAAGCGUAAGACAGGCCGCCAGCGGCAGAAAUGGGGGAUGGCCAUUCGGUUCGACUCAGGCUUAAGUAGACGGAGAAGAAACGUGGAUGAGAAGCCCUACAAAUGUAGUAGAUGUUCUAAGUGUUUCAGCCAGAGCUCCACUCUUUUCCAGCAUCAGAAGAUUCAUACCGGGAAGAAAUCGCACAAAUGUGCCGAUUGUGGGAAAAGUUUCUUUCAGAGUUCUAACCUCAUUCAGCACCGGCGCAUCCAUACUGGGGAAAAGCCCUAUAAGUGUGACGAGUGUGGAGAGAGGUUCAAGCAGAGCUCCAACCUCAUUCAGCACCAGAGGAUUCACACUGGGGAGAAGCCCUACUGCUGUGAUGAGUGUGGCCGGUGCUUCAGCCAGAGCUCCCACCUCAUUCAGCACCAGAGAACCCACACCGGGGAAAAGCCCUACCAGUGUGAGGAAUGUGACAAGUGCUUCAGCCAGAGCUCGCACCUGAGGCAGCACAUGAAGGUGCACAAAGAGAAGAAGCCACAGAAAAGGGGUAAAAACGUCAGGGCCAAAACUCACCCGGUGUCCUGGAAAACGGGUAAAGGAAGGAAGGCAGUGGCUGGGCUCCGCCAGGUCAAAGGUGCCGCCUCGGGCCGCUUUAAAAAGAAAAAGUGAAAGGUAGAGGCGGCAAAAGCGCUCUCGUUUCAGAAUGAGGACGCUUUAUGGUAGAGCACUUAGAUAUUUGAUCCUCCCCCAGCAUGGAGACCUCAGGAGUUUCAUGACACUGGCCUGAAACUCUUUAAGUUUAGCCGCCCUCAUUUCUUUAAAAAUGAAUCCACUUAUGUGCCAUGGAGCACAAAGAACUGAAACAUAGUUUGGAGAGAAUUUAGCAUCCUUGGCCUUAGUUGAAAUUUCUUCCCUAUGUUUUGAUAAAAGACAUCUUGCUUUCAUGGUUCACAGGUGUGCCAAUGAUUAGUUGGUUUUUAGGAAUUUCUGUAGACAAAAUCAUUAAGGAAUGAGUUUUCGUAUUCUGGGACAGACUAUUUUUUAUGCUUUUAUUGUUUUGUAGUUUAUUAACCAUUAGAAUAAGUGUUGAUUCUGUAUUUGACAUUUUAAAAUGCAUUCACGUUCAUAGGUUUUUUUUUCAUUUUUAUUAGUACAUACUGUAUGAAGUAAUGAGUUUCAUUUUCUUCAGUGUGUAUGAUGUAUCUGUAUGAUGUGCUUUGGUUGUAUCCUCCCCUGUUACCCUCUCCUCCACUUCCUGCUGAUUUCCUUCUCCUCCCAGGCAGUUCCCUUUCCACCUAAAAUGUUUACCCUAGAUUCUGUAAGUGACAGAAAAUGUAUUGGGUUAUUUUUCUGAGUCUGGUUUAUUAUGCUUACCUUAAUGAUCUCCAGUUCUAUCUAUUUUUCUCCAAAGGACAUGAUUUUGUUCUGUUUGGAUAAAUAAUAGUUUAUUGUAGUGUUUGAAGGCUUUAAUGACAACCCAAUUUUGUUUGCUUGUUUCUUCCCUUCUCAUAGUAAUCAAAGGGGUACAAAGGCCCCAUAUGGCUUUGCUUUUGUCUUUUGUUUUAUUUACCAUAUUCUUACAGAUUCUAAAGAAUCCAAAAUGAGAGACCACAGACCUCCUCUUCCUGACACUGGUCCUUGUGAUGGUAUUUUUGCUGUGUCACUACCUUUCUUGAAAUUGGAAUGGGUUUAUGUUGAAUCAUGCCAUUGGCCUCCUGGCAUUCCCCUGUUCUCUUAAAAACAGCGCCUGCAUGAAUAAACUGCACUUACCAAGAAAGCCUCAGCUUGCUUCUGCCUAAAGAACUACAGGAUCAUAGACUGCGCUCUGAACACCUCGGACUGUCUGACGCAGACGUUUGUCCACGAGUUACUGUCCAGCGUACUGUCGUUAGAACUUCACCUUCUUACGUUACAGCACUUGCUGAGGAAGACUAGCGUGUUUCCUCUUUCCAGUGCCAAGCAUACAUUCCUGAUCAGCCUUCAGCUCGAUUUUGUUUAUUGAAUGCUAAUGUUUUCUGAUUUUAUAAUACUAGUUCUUCCUGUAUUAAUGACAGUUAUCCUUAAAAAUAAAGAAUGAGAUAUUUUCGCAUACUA